UAAGGGCUCUCAAUUCUUGGUUGUUUCGCUAAAAGAUGGCAUGUUCAACAACGCAAAUGUGCUGUUUAAGACUCGUUUUAAGGAUGGCACGUCAGUAGUUGAGCGAACAACACCUUAUCGAAAAGAUCAAGAUAACUCAGGGCGCAAACGUGGACGAAAUGAAAAAGAUAAUAGACGUAGAUAAAAUCAUAACAUCUAUACAUACUUACUUAUUAUUACUUAAUACUUCACGCUUAUUCCUCUUUUUGUUACGAACACUGUAAUCAUCCGCUUAUUCAAAUCAAAGAAUUUGGAAGUAUUUUUUUUUUUUGUAUUUUGACUCGUCUUUUUUUCUCGUUUCGGACGCGCCUUUUUUGUUACCAUUAACCACCACACGUCCCUUAUUUUUAUCAUCUUUUCUAUACGUUGAAUACCCAUAAAUGCUAGAAAAUAAAAAGAGACAACGCGAAGAAGAACCUGCUGCUACUUCAAAUAAGAAACAAACUACGUUGCUCUCUAUGUUCAAGCCUGUUGUUGCGAAGUCUCAGACAUCACCGGGCAUUGGUAGUAAUACUGAGGAGGGUAAUGUUAAAUCGUUAGAUGUGCCAAGUGCCAAAAAGAAAAAAACGCCAAGAGAGUUACUUGGAGAUAAGAACAUUAAUGACGAAACAUUGAAGUUGCUGGAUCUUGAGUUGAAAACAUUGAACUAUGAAUGGCUCAAAGUACUUGCUCCAGAGUUAGUGAAACCUUAUUUCUUGAAGUUGAAGCAAUAUCUUAAAGCACAAAUGGACGCUAAAAAAGUUAUAUUUCCACCUGCCGAUCAGGUAUAUAGCUGGUCGCAUUUUACCCCACCCUCUAAGGUUGAAGUUGUUAUUCUUGGCCAAGAUCCCUAUCACAAUUAUAACCAAGCACAUGGACUUUGCUUCUCAGUAGUAAAAGGUGUAAAAGUUCCUCCAUCACUUGUGAAUAUGUAUAAAGCUUUGAAAAUAGAUUACCCUGAUUUUGUAGCGCCACAACAUGGAUAUUUGGUUGAAUGGGCAAAACGUGGUGUUUUACUAUUAAACACAAGUCUUACUGUGGAAGCACACAAGGCAGGUAGCCACGCAAAUCAAGGCUGGGAGCAAUUCACCGAUGCCGUAAUCAACUAUUUGAACGAAAAAAAAUCCAACUUAGUAUUUAUGCUAUGGGGAUCCCAUGCUCAAAAGAAGGGUGCUCGCAUUAAUAAAUCGGUAAGUAGUUUUGAGCCAAAGCUUCAGUUAGUGUAUAUAGUCACUAACCGUCCAGAAUUUUUUUAUUAACAAAUUCACUGCUUAUAUUGCUGCAGAAACACCUCGUUUUAAAAAGCGUUCAUCCCUCACCAUUAUCGGCCCAUAAAGGCUUCUUUGAAUGCGGGCAUUUUAAAAAAGCAAACGAGUAUCUAAAGGCACAUGGCAAACCGGAAAUAGAAUGGAACUGUUUGAAUUAAAAGCACCACUAUAUAUAUCUUAUACCUACACAUUUAAAUUAUUGCGUAGAUAUUUUUGACCCAGGAUGCUUAUACAGA